UGGCCAUUUUAUUAAAGCUGCUACCACAGUGCUUAGACAUAAUUACAUAAACAAUAAACAUAACCUCGUUUUUAUACUGACAGGCUACAGUCAGCUGUCAGCAAAAGUGAACAUUUUAUCUCAAUAAAAUACAUAUUAAAAGAACAAAUUUAACAGUUUUAAAUUAUUGGAAAUAUCUGAACACAACUACAGGAUGUUGCGAUUGAUGAUCCACCGUUUGUCCACUAGCGGAAGAGUGCUGCGACACUUCAGCAGCAUGCACGAGCCGGAUUACUUGGAGAAACUCCGUCCAAAGUACCCUUUGCAUAACACGCUGAACUUUACGAUCAAAGGCUACGACUAUCCGAUCCUUGAGAGUUAUCAACGCUUCAUGCACAAUGUAGCCGACACAAUGGACUUGGAUAUUGCCGACUGUUGGGCACAACCGCCCCAGAAGCUCAACGUACAAAAGUUCAAACCAGCCUCGGCGGUAAUCGAAAGCGAGUACAAGCUCACAAUGUAUGAACGUAACGUUCAGAUCGCCAACCUUCAGGCCCCACUCUAUCCCACGUUUCUAAGGGUGUUGCAAGCAGCCCUUCCUGAAGGAGUCAACCUUACGGUAAAUGAGCAUACCAACGAGGUGGACGAUGGCCGUUACGUGCCCGAUCGUGAGCUGCUCGAGUUGCGGCAAAAGCUAGACGAAAUGGGGGGUUCAAGGGAAAAGAAGUAAUUGUACGUUAUUCAUAGAUAGAAUAAAUGAUAACACUUUUGCAAUGUCGAGAAACUUU